AAGGAAGACACCUCACUUCCUGAGCCCUGCUGCAGUCACAGUACACUGCCUGGGGAAAACUGAAGUGUUCCUAGCCGUAUAGUACUAGCUAUCAUGGAAGCGGAGUCGUCAUAAAGUUAUGCCUGGCAGUCAGAGGGUUAGAAAGGGACACUUUUAAUAAGACUAUUGUUAUCGCUUCUGUACGUUUGUGUAGAGAAAACCACUCCAUGUCUCGUACCAUCAUUGCGCAUGUGGAGUUCACAGAUUGCGGAGACGGAGUCUUUUUUAUUAGCCAAUGAGAAGUUAACCAGCUAGCUAGCAGGCUAGCAAUGUCAUUGCCAUCUGCCGAUAUGCUCGAAACUCCACCUGGUUAUCCCUUUGAAGAAAUAGAGUAUGCGGACAUUGAAGUUGAAGAGGUGGUUGGCAGAGGCGCCUUUGGUGUCGUCUGCAAGGCCAAAUGGAAAGGCAAAGACGUUGCGAUCAAGACCAUAGAGAGUGAAUCUGAAAGGAAGGCCUUCAUAGUGGAGCUGAGACAACUUUCUCGAGUGAAUCACCAAAACAUUGUGAAGUUGUACGGCUCUUGCAAUAAUCCGGUCUGCCUGGUGAUGGAAUAUGCUGAAGGGGGGUCUUUGUAUAAUGUGCUGCAUGGCGCAGAGCCCCUCCCCUACUACACUGCCUCCCAUGCCAUGAGCUGGUGCUUCCAGUGUUCGCAGGGGGUCGCAUACCUCCAUGGCAUGAAACCAAAAGCUCUCAUUCACAGGGACCUCAAGCCACCCAACCUGCUGCUUGUUGCGGGCGGCACCGUGCUAAAGAUAUGUGACUUUGGGACCGCUUGCGACAUUCAGACCCACAUGACUAACAACAAAGGAAGUGCAGCGUGGAUGGCCCCUGAGGUGUUUGAAGGCAACAAUUACAGUGAGAAGUGUGAUGUGUUCAGCUGGGGCAUCAUUCUCUGGGAGGUGAUCACUCGCAGGAAGCCUUUUGAUGAGAUCGGAGGUCCGGCCUUUCGCAUCAUGUGGGCCGUGCAUAACGGCACCCGCCCGCCUCUCAUCAAGAAUCUGCCGAAAGCCAUCGAGAGCCUGAUGACUCGCUGCUGGUCCAAAGACCCCUCCCAGCGGCCCUCCAUGGAGGAGAUAGUCAAGAUCAUGACUCACCUCAUGAGGUACUUCCCAGGUUCUGAUGAGCCCCUGCAGUACCCCUACCAGUACUCAGACGAUGGGCAGAGCAACUCGGCCACAAGCACAGGAUCCUAUGUUGAUUACACUUGCACUGGCACGAGCAACAGAAGUGACGCAAACAUGGAGCAUGGUGACUCUCAAGGGAGCAACGACACCAUCAAGAUUCCCUUUCAGUUCAAACCAAAGGUAGACCCCUUGCGGCCUAGUCUGCCUCUGUCCAGAGGGAGCAGUGUGGAGAGCCUGUCAGGACGCCCCCAGUGCCUCCCCUCGUCAGACAGCAAGAGAAUGAGUGCCGACCUGUCAGAGCUGGAGCACAGGAUGCCCUUUGCUUCUACAGCACGCCCCCCGUAUAAACGAGGCCACCGUAAAACGGCAUCGUUUGGCACCAUUCUGGAUGUCCCCAAGAUCGUCGUAACAGCCACCUGUGAGCAGCAGAGACGAAGGUCUGUGCAGGACCUCUCAGCCAUCUGCUCAGAGUCCGGUCAGGGGAGCAGGAACAGCAGCAGAUCGUCAAGUCCCAGUGUGAGGAUGAUGCCUCCCGACAAAACCAACAGCCGAGGAUAUGGCUUCUCUCCUGACGACCCCUCAGAUACCAAUGGCUCCGACAACUCCAUUCCCAUGGCAUAUCUGACCCUGGAUCACCAGCUGCAGCCCCUCGCUCCUUGUCCCAACUCCAAAGAGUCCAUGGCUGUGUUUGAGCAGCACUGCAAAAUGGCCCAAGAAUACCUGAAAGUGCAAACCGAGAUCGCCUUGCUGAUCCAGAGGAAGAAAGAGCUGAUCGCAGAACUGGACCAAGAUGAGAAGGACCAGCAGAACACGUCCCGUCUGGUGCAGGAGCACAAGAAGCUCCUGGAGGAGAACAAGAGUCUGUCCACGUUCUACCAGCAGUGUAAAAAGCAGCUGGAACUGAUCCGGGCCCAGCAACAGAAGAAACAGGGUACCUCAUGAUGGUCUGGCUUCACCCCACCCUCCGAGCCCACUGUCCUGCUUCAGAGACUCAUGGACUGGCUCCAUGUCACCACCCCCACACCCCUUUUUCACUGCUCUCCUGGUUCACGUAUAGACUAGUCUAGAAAGUACCCCCCCCCCCACACACACACACGCACACACCUAAGAAGGAUCUCCCCCGGGCCACCCGCCCGGUCCUGGGCACAGGUGCCCCCUGUCCUACAGGCUCCUGGCAGGCCUUUGGUACCCCCGUACUGGAAAGAGACCCGUGUUUCUCUGUGUUCCUGCAUGUUGCAUCACACAUCCACAGCAAAGAACGCUCAAUUGGGCUACCCCACCACCAGAGUCUCUCCGCCCCAACAUUUGCACAUCUUCACAGCUGAAUAUUGUCCGCAGACCAAAGCAAUCAAAUAUCUACCCUUAACGAGCGGGUGAUUUGGGGUGGUCAUCCAGAGCCUUCCAGAGCCGUGAGGACAGCGGGUAGAGGGAUGGUUGUGAGGAACUGCCAGGAUAUGAGGCAUCCAAGGGGGCUGGUGGUCCACAAGCCAGGAGGAAAAGGUGUGACUGUAUGUAGUGUGUUUGUAUGUGUCGCUCUCAUAACCCCCAGGCUUCCUGGUCAGAGUGGGGCCCCAUCCCAACACAAGCCCUGGGACCUAGCCCGAGGCCUGUACACUAGACAGGUAUGAGGUCACUUUAACUGUGUAACGUGGUCUUGGACCUAACUUCCCCUUCGAUUGGUUGUGCUGCAAUGUUUUUAAUCCAACCUACUUUGGUUCCUCAGAAGUGCCCAGGGGUUGGUUUUGGGAAGGGGCUAUCGGUGUGAUGUUUUCUCUUCACUGAAUGGCCCUCGUUAGCCUGACCUCGUCAUCAGAGGACAUCGAGGAUGUCCUUGAGAAUGUGAAUGCCCAGAUGGUUUUUAGAUGACAGUGUGAAAUAUGUGCACCAUUUCAUGUUUUUAAAACUUGAGUUGAAUCUGUGUCCGGCUUAUGUUCGAUUACAAAGUUCAACCUGUGUUUUUUAUCCAUUUAUGCAAAGAAUCCAAAUUUGGAUUUGAAAUACUAUCUACAUAGUAUGUAGAUACAUCCAUACAAUGAUGUGUCUACAUACAUCCAUACAUCCUUGGACGUAGAUAUCUCCUCUCCCUAUUUGUUGGGGUCAGCAUGACCCCUUAGAAAGACCACCAACUUCCCUUCUUGAAACUGAGCGUAUUUGAUGUGGGCUUGUGUUUUAUUUGUUUAUAUGCAGGAUGUAUUUUAGAUAUGCCUUCUACAUCAAUUACAUGGUGGGGGAAACGUGAUGGUCCGGUAUGGAAACAGUAGCGUAUUGCAGGCGCCUCCACAAUUACAGUCGUAAGCUGUGUGGGGCCUUUAGUACCUCCAGCCUUGCUUCUGCUUCAGAGCCUGGUGAGGGAACACCACAUUUACAGACCCUCCAUUUUUAUCAUGACUUCAGUAUUUGUUGGUGAUGUUUUGUCUUUUUUUAUUAAGUAGUUGAAUUUGUAUGAUAUUUAAGCUAUCCUUUUUUUCCAUUAGGAAUUAUACUUUUAUUUGGUAUGGCAAUGCAGAUAUAUACAAGAAAGAGAGGCCUAUCCCUCCAUAUAUAUUUUGUUUGUUUUUUAGUUCACAUGUUGCCUUAGAAUUUGAUUGCUUGCAUUUUAAGUCCUUGACAUGUUUUUUCUGUGUUGUUGGAGAAAAGGAAACAGAGUUUCACUUGCGCCUCAUGUAAUGUAGGACUGUCAGUGGGGAAGGAUGUUUAGACUGUGUUUUGGAGGGAUUCGCUUAUUCCUCAGGUCGCCCCUCAGAGCAGAAUGUCUGGUCAAAUGAAUGAUGUCAUUACACUUCUGAGGUAAUCCUGGUGUAAUCCAUGACGGCCUUUCUCAGUGGACAGGACGGUUCUCUUUAGCUGUAGCAGAACAGACAGAAGAACAGCCCUCUUCACUACUAAAAGUAAGGAUUGGAUAUGGUCUUACUUUGAAUGCAGUUCCCAAGUUUUCUUUCUUUUUUUUUUUCUUUCUUUCACCAGACCUGCCACAGUCCCUCUGAUGUUUUGCACAAUCAUAUAUGGUUUUACUUGUCACACGUAUAGUAACUUACAACUGAAGUUUCUUACUUUUACAUUGUUAAAAGUAGACAGCUUUAUUCUGAAUGUUCAUUUACAGAAUCUAUCCCCCUUUUUCACUCUUAAUUCUUUUGAGAUGUUUUCUGAUGCAUCUUAAACUUUUGGGAUCAUGUAUGUGGCAGAAAAGAAGGCGUCAUGAAAUAAAUUGAACAGUGAGAAGUUCA